AUGCCGUUUCCGCAGCUUCAAGGUCUGCCGAUGUCAUAUUCCCAGCGUUAUCAUCUCCUCAACAAGGUCAGGACAUGCCAUCGGUCUAAUUUUGACAAUUCGGUUGGCAGCUUACUGGAAAUCACCGGCUGCUUCUUUGUUAGAUGCAGCAGUGGAGCAUCAAGAGGUCAUCGUCCGAAUGGAAUACCGCAUGAACGUUAG